GGGUUAAGGGGUGGAGACUCCCAGCUGGGACGCUGACCAAGUGAGCGAAAUCAAAAUCUGGACCGACAAGUUUGGAGAUGCGCAGCUCUUGUAAUCGUUUGACGCUCUGUUAUCUCCGCUUCCGACUCGAUUAAAGACGCUUGUGCGGCGCCGAUAUGAAACCCAAACAGCGGCUCGGCAGCCGUCUCCAUGCCUGAAAGCGGACGGGGACGUGGACACGAGCUCACCGAGGCGUCUCAGCGAACCGGGGGAGCGGAUCAACAAUGGCAACCUGUCGCUGACGCGCACCGCUCGUCGCCAUGAGAUGUAAACAGUCGACCAGCUGGACCGGAACCAGUCCUGAGAGGUUCUGAUGAUUGGAUGAGAGGAUCGCUGCGAGCGACGGAGAGAAAGCUACGAAUCCGGGGCGGUGUGUGGGAAGGGGAGAGGGGAGGGGGGGAGGGGGGGGGUGGCUACUGGAGUGUAAACACGCCGAGUGACGCCAUGUGGAGCCCGCCGACACGAGUGUGGAAAGCCGCCGUGUGCUGCUUGCUGUUGCUGCAAACAUUCCUGCACACUUCCACGGGACUUAAUGUGUGUAUGAGUGGCAGCGCGGCUUCCUGCGAAGAAUGCCUCAUGAUUCACCCCAGUUGCGCCUGGUGCGCACAAGAGGAUUUUGGAAGGGGCCACACCCUGACGUCACGCUGCGACAUUGUUGCAAACCUGCACAAGAGGGGCUGCCAGAGUCGCUAUGUCGAAUACCUGACCAACAGCAUCACGGUGCAGCAGAACAUGCCUCUGAGCUCCAAGGGGUCCGGCUUGACCCAACAGGAUGUGGUCCAGAUUAGACCUCAGAGGAUCGCGCUCAGCUUGCGACCAGGAGAGCAGACGUGGUUUGGGCUGCAGGUGCGCCAGGUGGAGGACUACCCAGUGGACCUCUACUACCUGAUGGACCUGUCGCUCUCCAUGAAGGACGACCUGGACACCAUACGCAACCUGGGCACCAAGCUGGCCCUGGAGAUGGGCAAGCUCACCAGCAACUUCCGUCUGGGCUUCGGCUCCUUCGUGGACAAGAACAUGUCGCCCUUCUCCUACACGGCGCCCAAGUAUCAGGAGAACCCAUGCAAUGGGUACAAGCUGUUCCCAAACUGUGUGCCCACGUUUGGCUUCCGCCACAUCCUGUCGCUGACGGACAAAGUCGACCGCUUCAACGAAGAGGUGCAGAAGCAGAUGGUCUCCCGCAACCGGGACGCGCCCGAGGGUGGAUUUGAUGCCAUUCUCCAGGCGGCGGUUUGUAAGGACGAGAUUGGCUGGAGGAAGGAGGCGUACCACCUGCUGGUGUUCGCCACAGACGACGUGCCUCACCUGGCUCUGGACGGGCGUCUGGGUGGCCUUGUGCAGCCUCAUGACGGCCGCUGUCACCUAGACAACAAUGAGUACAGCGCUUCCACUCGCUUGGAUUAUCCUUCACUGGCACUUCUGGGCGAGAAACUGGCAGAGAACAACAUUUUCCUCAUAUUUGCCGUCACUAAGCGGUUGUAUGUGAUUUAUAAGAAUUUCACGGCGCUCAUACCGGGAACGACAGUGGAGAUCCUGGACCAGGACUCAAAGAACGUCAUCCAGCUCAUCGUAGCAGCCUACAAUAACAUCCGCUCCAAAGUGGAGCUGACAGUGUGGGACCAACCCGAGGACCUCAGCCUGUCCUUCACCGCCACUUGCCAGGAUGGCGAGCCGCUACCCGGCCUCAGGAAGUGUGCUGACUUAAAAAUAGGCGACACGGUGUCGUUUAACGUGAGCGUUGAGGCGAGGAGUUGCCCACUUCGCGGCACUGACCACAGUUUCACUAUCAAGCCGGUGGGCUUCAAAGACCGCCUGCAGGUCGCCGUCGAGUACCAGUGUGAAUGCGGCUGCGCCCGGGCAGCCCAAAUCAACAGCACCAUCUGCAGCUCCAUUGGCACCUACAAGUGUGGGAGCUGCCAGUGCGAGCCGGGCUACCUUGGCACCCGCUGCGAGUGCCAGGAGGGUGAGGCCAGCAGCAUACACCUGGGCGCCUGCCGUGAGGCCGAGAGCAAGCAGGCGUGCAGCGGCCGCGGCGAGUGCAGCUGCAACCAGUGCCUGUGCUACGAGUCUGAGUUUGGCAAGUUCUACGGCAGCUUCUGCCAGUGCGACGACUUCUCGUGCGCUCGACACAAAGGCGUCCUGUGCUCAGGCCACGGCGAGUGCCACUGCGGCGAGUGCAAGUGCCACGCGGGCUACAUCGGGGACAACUGCAACUGCUCCACGGAAACGGCGUCGUGCAUCGCUGACAAUGGGCAGAUGUGCAGCGGGCGCGGCAACUGCGUGUGCGGACGCUGCCAGUGCACGCACCCUGGCGCCUUCGGCGACACGUGCGAAAAGUGCCCCACCUGCCCGGACGCCUGCGAUACCAAAAGAGAAUGCAUUGAGUGCCGGCUUUUCAACUCGGGAAAGAUCUCAGACAACCAGACUUGCCAGCGUCUGUGCAAGGAUAAAAUCAUCACAGUGGAGACACUCAAAACUGACGUGCCGGGUGCCGUGCUGUGCCUCUACAAGACGGACAACGACUGCGUGAUGAAGUUCACGUACUCUGAGCACGCCAGUGGACUGUCUGUUCUCACCGCCCUGACGGAAUCGGAAUGUGGCGGUGGUCCGGACGCCCUCAUGGUCCUGCUGGCGGUGGUGGGCAGCAUCCUGCUGGUGGGCGUGGUGCUACUCGGCGUCUGGAAGUUGGUCAUCACCAUCCACGACCGCCAGGAGUUCUCGCGCUUCCAGAACGCUCGCUCGCGUGCACGAUACGAGAUGGCAUCCAACCCGCUCUACAAGCAGCCUGUGUCGUCCAGUUUUGGGGAGACAGACGUGUUCGACAAGCCCUACAACGGAGGGGUCCACUAAGCCCUCGGCAUGUGGGGCGGCAGGACCGGUCCAGCAAGUGGGACCCAUAUGGGGGGCAUGGGGCCAAUGCGGACUGAGGCCUCCCCCUACCUCAACAGGGACAGAGAAGUGAAAAUAAAUGACAAAAGAAUUUUCCUGAAGAAGCUUCACGUCAUCGCAUUGAUGAGCGAGGCAUCAACAGCUGAACGUUAGCGACAAGCUAAGCUCGCUGCAGAUCAGAUUUGUAUAUUUUUUAUGAAUACUAAGAAAUUGUCUUUGCCAGGCUUAACUAUGCACCCAGCAGCUUUUUCUACACUAAAUAAAAUCACUUUCUUGAGAAGAAAGAUCGGAGAACACUUUGGAAGCUGCAACCUCAAUGUGCUUCUACUAACUUUUUACUGAAAAAUGAAGUUAUGCAUUCAUGUUGCAUUGCUAUUAUUCCUUAACGAAACCGUAAACUGCAAUUUUGGUCACUGAAGCUUUAGGCUUUUCCUUGAUUUACCAUUGUGGCCUUUUCCACAAAGAUGACUUUCUUCUCCUUUCUGAUUGGCUAAAAUAACCUUGUGUUUUGGGUUUAUAGUGCCACCCGGUGCUUUGGCAUGCACAUGACAGCCUGGUAAUGCAUUUUAAUGUAUUUUCGGACAUGCAAGUGGGGUAAGAUUUUGAACAUACGCGUAUAUGUGCAGACAUAGGUGACAUUUGAGGGUAUGUGUGAUUGUGUGUGUGAUAAUGAGUAAUUGCAGGUCAGUGUAGUCUCUGCCACCCUUAAUGGUGGUCCAUUUUUCAACAAAACAGUGUUCCUCCUUUUAUUACACUGCCCUCGUUGCCCAAUAAUUUCAGCUGAAGUCAAAAUCAAGCUAGUUUAUUGCAAAACGAAUUUGGUAGGCCUCAAUGAUGUAAAGGUCUUUAAAGUAAGAGGCCUUCAAACCAGAGCAGCAGCGAGAUAUCAGAGCAACAACGAAAUCUAACACGGAAUUGCGGUAACCAGUGCUAAAAUGCAAAUUCAGAUCAAUUACCCCCCCCCCAAAAAACAACAACAACUCAGAAAUAGGCAUUUCUCUGUACUAGGUUGGGAAGCACGAGCGCAAGACCACAUCAAGAUAUUAUGCCAAUAAUAAUAUCACAGUGCAGUGCUUAUGUGACAAUUCAUAUAUUGGGUAAAGCGAAACAGUGCCAACUAACAGAAAUUUGCGCAUUAUGCAUUUGCAACAAAUAAUAAGUGACUACAGUACACCUUUAGUCUCAAUGAAAAUACAGUUGUCCACUUAAUCUAGGGGUAAAACAUUUAUAAAAACAGUAAUUGGAUAGAUUUGCCAUCAUAAAUGUAAAUGUGUGU